GGCAGGGCUUUUGCAGACCAUGGCGGGCGAGCUUGAGGGAUGCAAGUCUCUGAGCGGGCUGCUGAGCGGCCUGGCCCAGGACGCUUUCCACAGGCACCGGGGCAUCACGGAGGAGCUGCUGAGGAGCCAGCUGUAUCCGGAUGUGUCGGCUGAGGAGUUCCGUCCCUUUUUGGCGAAGAUGAGGGGGAUUCUUAAGUCGAUUGCAUCUGCAGACAUGGAUUUCAACCAGCUGGAGGCAUUUUUGACUGCUCAAACAAAAAAGCAAGGUGGGAUAACAUCUGACCAGGCUGCUGUCAUUUCCAAAUUCUGGAAGAGCCACAAAACAAAGAUUCGAGAGAGCCUCAUGAACCAGAGCCGUUGGGACAAUGGACUUCGGGGCCUGAGCUGGAGAGUUGAUGCUAAGUCUCAGUCAAGGCACUCAUCUCAAAUACACACCCCUGUUGCCAUAAUAGAGCUAGAAUUUGGGAAAAGUGGACAGAAAAUGUAUCAUCUACAAUAUGCAGUCUGCCUCAGUUGGAUAACUCUGCAACUUACUCAAAAGAAGUACCUGAGGAAUCUGAAUUUCUGUGUUUGGAGUUUGAUGAGAUCAAAGUCAACCAAAUCUUGAAGAAGCUCUCAGAGGUAGAAGAAACUAUCAGCACACUGAUGCAACCAGCCUAACUGAAGUUGAUGUAGGAAAGACUUGGAGUUAUUGAAACAAUAUUCACAAUCCUUCCCUAUUGACCUUUUUAAAAUCUUGUUCCCCUAUUGAUAUUAAAUCCUUAAAAGUCAAA